AUGUCUAUUCCAAACGAAGCUCUCCAAAAGCUAGUCCAAGAAAUUGAGACUCAAGCAAUACAAGCACAACAACAGAUCAACACCGUCAAGUCGCAAAUCGGCCUCAAGCAGCGCGAGAUCCGCAUGCUCCAGUUAACCUCCAGCGAGGUAUCCACCCUACCAUCCGAUACACCAGUCUACGAAGGUGUGGGUAAAAUGUUUGUCUUCAGCCCUAUAGCCGAAGUCGACAAGAGGCUGACAACGGAAACUUCGGAGCUGAAAACGGACGUUGAGAAUCUGGGGAAGAAGUUAUUGUAUUUGGAGACUACGCAUAAGAAUAGUCGCGAGCAUAUCGAUCAGAUCUUCAACAGCGGAGGACGAGGUUGA